AUGUCGAACUCGCCACUCUCCCCGUCGCCAGCUGGCUUUCCGCCAACAACAUUGACACCUUGCCCUACACCUCCUUCUUCCGUCUUCUCACGAUUGUCUCAGCCUAAAACGGUUGCCAAGCAGUUGGAAGAAGCAGCCGUUGGAGCUUUACCUCCCAACCCGACCAUUGAGAAUCUGUCCAAGAUUACCUGGAAGAACCGUCGCUUCGUCCAGGAGGAUUUGUUAGCUCGAAAAGGUGCAAAGGGCAGGAAGAGCUGGAUUAGGUCGCACGGGACCUUCCUAGUUGAGCUGAACUAUCAGGAUCUACCGAUAGGUCACGUCUGGUGCUGCAAUCGAUGUGAUAUGAGAGGCGCAGCGGAGUUCUUUUCGGUGCAAGCCACGUCUUCCGCAGCGGACCAUCUUCGAAAGUCUGUGCUUAUCCCGUUCAAUCUCAUUGACAAGAUAUCCAGCAGCUGA